AUGGAGGAGGCCGUCACCCUUGCAAGAGUUCUUCGCGGUCUGAUCCGCAAGUCUCAGCCUCCCCACGAGCACCCCGAUGUUCUCACCCGCCCCAUGGACGCCCGCGCAGACGUGCGUGCCUUCCUGUCUGAGCGUAGCAAGGUCCUCCACAUGAGCGGCCUUCCUCAUGACACCACUCAGUCCGAGCUGGAGAGCUGGUUCACUCAAUUCGGUGGUAGACCCAUCGCUUUCUGGACCCUCCGCACUCCCGACCAGCACAAGCCCACUGGCACUGGCUUUGCAAUCUUUUCCUCCCACGAAGAGGUAUACCAAACACUUGCAUCUCAUACUUCACACCAAGACUGA